CUAUCCAAAUUAACAAAAUCUAAUGGAUCCGUCAACGUGACCCUAAAACUCACUUUCUCUCUCCGCUCGACGCCGAACGCAAACGAUCAAUCGACGACGGCUUCUGACGACCAAACGGUGCCAAUUUCCAUCGGAGAAGAUGCAGCAGAGGAAACCGACGGCGGGUAGGCCCAGUGGCACCGAUGGAUCCGAUUUCUCAUACCGGAUGGUCGUUGACUCUCGUUACACGAAGGUCACUAAAGGGAAAUCUCGUCUCCGUCCUUUGAUCUUAGCUCAGGCUACGAUUUAUAUGAUUGGACUAUCGUGUGCAUUUCUGACAACGACUAAAAAGGAUGAGACGAACACACUUGCAAUUGCAUCUGCUGCUUUUGGCUUAGUGUCUUCAUUAAUAGGAGAAUUAGGUUGCAGACGCAGCAAAGCAAAUCUUUUGAGGCUCUACACAGCUGCAUCUACCGUUGUCAUGGUUCUUUCGGUGUUUUGUGCUGUUAGGAGCAGAUUAACAAUGGAGGAAAGGAAUAGCUCGGGAACAACAGCGAAGCUUGAGCUCGUAGGGUUCAUUUGUGCUCAAUUAGGAGCGGUGGUGCAGAUAUUAGCAAUCAUCGUUACGGGUUCUCUUGUCAAUAAUAUGUCACCGCCUACGAAAACAGCAUAGAGAAACAGAGGAUUUGGGUAUUGCAUCUGUGAUUCUCCUGCAUGAAGAAGAAACUUGAAGUUUUGUACCGUUUAGUUUUUUUUUUUCCACCAAAUGAAUAGUUGUAUACCGUUGUUUACUUAAUCAUUCAAACACACAUUAUUGAUAGAUUUGGUGCAGCUAGCUUAAGAAACCAGAUAACUCAGCUCAACCAAGAUACUCAAAAGAAUUGAAUAGGACCUUCUUCUAGUUACAUAGUUGAAUUCAAAGGAAUCUCAACGUAAAGGAGACAAAUCUCGUUUAUUAAUAGUCAAAAUUGC